AUGGCAGAAUCAGCAAAAACCGAGCUCCAGCAGCUUGUUAAAGCCACCGGAGGAUGGUUUUCCGGUUGGAAAGGAAAGGCUGGAAUCAAAGCUGCUGAUAGAAACGGGAAUGGAUUUGUUGAUGAGUGUGAGAUUGAGAAUCUAAUACAGUUUGCACAUAAGGAAUUGGUGAAAUGGAAAAAGGAAGUAUGUAAUUACAUUCUUGUGGACAUCUUUUUUCAAGUUACUCCAUGUUUGGAGGUGCAAGUUUCCAGAAGUUCCAUGAGUUAUAAUCCUCCUGCAAACAAACACAACGAAUAA